AUGGGUGCUGAGGAAGAGGUGCUGGUCACAUUAACAGGGGGAGCCCCCUGGGGUUUUCGACUUCAGGGGGGGGCCGAACAGAGGAAACCCUUACAGGUGUCCAAGAUCCGAAGACGGAGCCAAGCUGGCAGAGCAGGGCUCCGAGAGAGGGACCAGCUCUUGGCAAUCAAUGGAGUUUCUUGUAUCAGCUUUUCUCAUGCCAGUGCCAUGAGCCUCAUCGAUGCCUCUGGGAACCAGCUUAUUCUCACUGUGCGGCGGGUAGCAGAUGAAGGACCUGUGAGAUCUCCAUCCCCUGGGGAGCUUCAGGCACUGUCACCCUUAUCUCCAUUAAGUCCAGAGCCCCCUGGUGCUCCUGUUCCCCAGCCUCUUCAGCCUGGAAGUCUUCGCUCACCCCCGGACAGUGAGGCUUACUAUGGAGAGACAGACAGUGAUAUGGAUGGCCCUGCCACUCAAGAAAAGCCCCGCCGACCCCGCCGCCGAGGUCCCAUGCGGCCUACCCCUCCAGGAGCUCUACCUGAUGAAGUCUACUUGUCUGACAGUCCUGCAGAGCCAGCACCUGCCAUUCCUGGUCCUCACAGCCAGAGUGACAGUCGUGUGAGCUCCCCAUGUUGGGAAGAAGGGCCAGCCCUUCAGCCAUCCUCAGCUGAGGCACUGCUGUUACCCCAUGGUCCACUCCGGCCUGGUCCUCAUCUCAUCCCUAUGGUGGGUCCUGUCCCCCAUCCAGUGGCAGAAGAUCUUACUACCACCUACGCCCAAAAGGCCAAGCAAGCCAAACUGCAACGUGCAGAAUCUCUCCAAGAAAAGAGUGUGAAGGAGGCCAAGACCAAAUGCCGGACCAUUGCAUCUCUGUUAACUGCAGCCCCCAACCCUCACUCCAAGGGGGUGCUUAUGUUUAAGAAACGACGGCAGAGAGCCAAGAAGUACACCCUAGUAAGUUUUGGGGCUGCAGCUGGGACAGGCACCGAGGAGGAAGAGGACGGCAUCCCCCCAACGAGUGAGUCUGAGCUGGACGAAGAGGCCUUUUCAGACGCACGCAGCCUCACCAAUCAGUCUGACUGGGAUAGCCCCUAUCUGGACAUGGAGCUGGCCAAGGUGGGCUCAGGAGCAACAGAGGGCCAGGGCUCCGGGCAGGGAGGGCACCUGAGCGAGGUCUUCGGGCGAGGGGUCCAGCUCUUUGAACAGCAGCGCCAGCGCGCAGCCUCCAGCACCCUGGAGCAGGCUCAGGUGGGUCCAGCAGCGGUGCUCAAUGGGCAGGGCCCACAGUCACCCCCUCGGGCCCAAAGUGCUCCUCCGGAGGCGGCUGUGCUCCCACCCAGCCCUGCCCCGGCCCCUGUGGCCAGCCCCAGACCCUUCCUCCUAGCUGGUGGGGCCUCCAGUCCAUCCCCAAGCAUCUUCAACAGGUCAGCUAGGCCCUUCACCCCGGGCUUACAAGGGCAGCGGCCAGGUACAACCUCGGUUAUUUUCCGGCCAUCAGCCCCCAAAAGGGAGACCGAAAGCCUGGGGAGCCUCAGCCCGGUGCCACCCCCCUUCGCGUCCUCUCCGCAGGGGCCCACCCCUGCGUCCAGCUUCGCGCCCCCCGCGGGCUCCCCCAGCGCUGCCCGCUCCCCGGGUCCAGUUAUGGCCACCAGCUCCCUGUACAUCCCAGCCCCCAGUCGGCCGGUCACACCAGGAGCCGCCUCAGAGCACUCAGCUCUUCCCGGUGCCAUGACCUCCACUGCUUCCAUCUUCUUAUCGUCUCCCCUGCGACCCUCUGCGCGCCCGGAGUCGCCGGCCCCGGGGCCCGCGGCCCCGGAGGUCCCCAGCGCUCGGGAGCAGCGCAUCUCGGUACCCGCUGCCCGCACCGGCAUCCUGCAGGAGGCCCGGCGCCGGGGGACCCGAAAGCAGAUGUUCGCACCGGGAAAGGAAGAGACGAAGAACUCGCCCAACCCCGAGUUGCUAUCGCUGGUGCAAAACUUGGAUGAAAAACCCCCGGCCGGGGGUGCGGAAUCCGGUCCGGAGGAGGACGCUUUGAGCCUGGGAGCUGAAGCUUGCAACUUCAUGCAGCCGCCAGGGGGCCGGGGUUACAAGACCCUGCCCCACGUGACCCCGAAGACCCCGCCCCCAAUGGCUCCCAAGACCCCACCCCCCACGGCUCCUAAGACUCCACCCCCUGUGGCUCCCAAGCCAGCCUCUCGGGGGCUCCUGAAUGGGCUAGUGAAUGGGACGACCCCUUCCGCUGGAAUCCCUGAGCCACCGAGGCUGCAGGGUAAGGGUGGGGAGCUGUUUGCCAAACGGCAGAGCCGUGCCGACAGAUACGUGGUGGAAGCUACACCUGGUGCUGGCUUUGGCCCCGGUCCCCGGCCUAGAAGUCCUUCUCCCACCCCCUCACUGCCCCCCUCCUGGAAAUACUCACCAAACAUCCGUGCCCCCCCUCCUAUUGCUUACAACCCACUGCUCUCACCCUUUUUUCCCCAGGCUGCCAGAACUCUCCCAAAGGCCCAGUCCCAGGGACCUCGGGCAACCCCUAAGCAGGGCAUCAAGGCCCUGGAUUUCAUGCGGCAUCAGCCAUACCAACUUAAAACAGCCAUGUUCUGUUUUGAUGAGGUCCCUCCAACUCCUAACCCCACUUUAGGGCCCACCAAAACCCCCAGAGUUCAGGAGAUCCGCCGAUUUUCCACUCCAGUCCCCCAGCCCACUGCAGAACCCUUGGUACCCACUGUGCUUGCUCCCAGAGCAGCUACUACAUUGGAUGAGCCUAUCUGGAGGGCAGAGCUGGCCUCAGCCCCUAUCCUUAGCCCCGCCCCUCCUCAAGAGUCUCCCAGGGGCCUUGGGGUCACCCUCAGCUCCUGUGGUUUCCAAGUAGCCAGGCCCAGAUUCUCAGCCACCAGAACAGGACUGCAGGCUCAUGUGUGGAGACCUGGGGCAGGGCAUAAAUGA